AUGUCCGAGCAGGAGAGCAACGAGGUAUCAUCACUCAGCAGCGACAGCCACCGAUCUGGAGAACCCGAGAAGAUCAGCGAUCUGCCCAGCGAGCAAAAUGGCAGAGAAGACAAAUCCCAAGACGCCCCGCGGGCUCGCGUGCGCUUUCGAUCCAACGCCAGCUACAUGCAGGAUAUUCCGCACUACCCGCCGCCUGAGGAUGCCCGAGCCGAAUGGGAUCGGUCUCAGCGCGAGGGUCAGCCCCAUCGCCCGUCGAUGCCGUACUCGCACGAGUCGGCUGAUAUCACCGACACGCCACUGCAAGACCGUGCACCGUCCGAGCAAGCCGACGGCGUGACGGAUGAAAAGGCGGCCGAGCAGAAACCCCCCGAAAAAGAGAAAAAGCCGAUCUGGAAACUCGAACGACUGGGUCUACAGACUCUGCGGGAGGGAUGGAAAGCCACGGGGCAGGCGAUGAAACAAAAGGCGUUGCGUGUCGGAGAGCUGAUGGGCCGGCCGACGUCUGGAGGAGACGAUCUACAUCCCGGUCUGUACCGAGCCGAGUGGGCGUCCGGGGGCGAAGUGCCACUGUCGGAUGUCACGGACAACAAGCACAAGACUGAUGAAGAAAAGCGGCAGCAUCAGGGAGUCAGUAGCUCCGAGGCGCACCGGCUCGUUCGUGACUUGACCCAGGACCACUCCGCUAAGCGGCGUAAGGCCCGUGGGAAGCCGUAUCCGCAGGGAGGCACCGACAUCUCGGGUGGAGAGGACGAGUCCGGGCUUGAAUCGGGGCUGCGGUAUCGAGCUGGCGGAGGUGGGAUUCUCUCGCAGCUGAUUAAGCUGAAUGGCGGAAAUCAGCAGCAACAGGGCGGCAGUGGUAGUCUGUCUCGUUCCACAAGCCAGUCCUCUACGGAUUCCACGCCGCGUGGCCCUGCGUCUGGCGUGAGCUCAGGCGCUACGACGCCUAAAAAGGAAAAGCCGAAGUGGUAUAAGAAGCCACAGAACGGGUCCACCUUCGGGGGGAGUAUGAGCGGAGCGAGCACGCCUGUAUCCAGUGAAGUGCUUUCUGCGGCAUCUAAGCGACGUGGCAAGCAGUCCAACCGCAAGAUGCGACUGGAAGAUGAGAUCCGAGUCACGGUGCACAUUGCAGAAAUUAUCUGUCGGCAGCGCUACAUCAUGCAGCUGUGCAGAGCCUUGAUGGCGUUUGGGGCUCCGACCCACCGUCUGGAAGAAUAUAUGCAGAUGACGGCUAAGGUGCUCGAGGUCGACAGCCAGUUCUUGUAUCUGCCCGGCUGCAUGAUCAUGUCGUAUGACGAUCCGUCGACUCGCACAACGGAGGUGAAACUCGUCCGCGUGGCGCAAGGCGUGGACCUGGCGCGUUUGUCGGACACCCAUCUAAUCUAUAAAAAUGUCAUCCACGACGUUAUUGGCGUCGAAGAAGCCAUCCAGGAGCUGGACGAGGUCAUGAAAAAGAAACCGCGCUUCAACAAGUUUAUUGUCGUUAUUGUCUACGGCGUGGCCACUGCCACUGUAGGCCCAUUCGCGUUCAAUGCCAGGCCGAUUGAUAUGCCGGUCAUUUUCCUGAAUGGCUGUCUAGUUGGAGCCAUGCAGCAUGUUGCAGCGCCUCGUUCAGUGCUAUAUUCCAAUGUCUUUGAGGUAACAUCGACAGUGGUCACAUCCUUCCUGGCACGCGCCUUCGGCAGUAUUCCACGCGCCGUGGUGGAUGGAAAACGACAGUACCUGUUUUGCUUCUCGGCCAUUUCACAAGCCUCAAUUGCACUGAUCCUGCCGGGAUUCCUGGUACUUUGCAGUAGCUUAGAGCUACAGUCCCACCAAAUCAUCGCUGGCUCGAUCCGAAUGGUGUACGCGAUUAUCUUCUCUCUCUUCCUCGGGUACGGGAUCACUGUCGGUACAACAAUCUACGGUCUAAUCGACAACGGCGCAGUCUCUGCAAUCGAGUGUCCCAAAGAAGGCGCCUUUGCCAGUCCCUACGUGGCCAGAUUUCCCUUCGUGACCAUCAUGACGGUGUGGCUUUUAAUCAUCAACCAAGGCAAAUGGAAACAACUGCCGCCCAUGACCAUCAUCGCGCUGACGGGGUAUAUCACCAACUACUUCAGCACUAAGAAACUCGGCUCCAACUCGCAGGUUGCCAACACCGUCGGCGCGUUUACUAUUGGUAUCAUGGGAAACUUGUACAGUCGGCUGUGGCACGGUCAUGCGGCCACGGCGAUUCUUCCGGGUAUUUUCAUUUUGGUGCCCUCCGGACUGGCGGCGACGGGGUCUUUGAUCUCUGGCGUGCAAUCCGCAGACCAGAUUCGGCAGAAUGUCACAUCCCAUAACCAGGGUAGUUCGACGCCUGGAGCCGGGUUGGCCGCGAGUAGCUCGGUGUUUAGUUUGGGGUUUGGUAUGAUUCAGGUGGCGAUUGGGAUUACGAUUGGCUUGUUCAUUGCGGCACUGGUUGUUUACCCGUAUGGAAAGCGGCGUAGUGGACUAUUCAGUUUCUAG